ACGUUUUGCCUCAUUCAUGAAACAAGAGCAGAAUGUAUUUUAGUGUAAACUGUUUGUAAAAGCAUUCUUAUGUAAAACUUCCUUGUAUCGUGCAUGCUGCAUAUUACCGAUAUUAACUAUAUGGCUCCGCGUUAUCGUCUGGGCAGAACUAUUGUUCCAGCCACCAAAGACAGAUUCACAAAUAACCUGCCUGAUUUAUCUCAACUGCUCUGCUCUGUGUACCCAUAAAUACACGUGAACUAGACGAAAUGACUAGCAACAUGGGCACUAUCUUCUCUAAUACAUUAGAAGCUGUUGCCCACCUCAAUAUGAAAAAGGUUAGAGAAAAACGUACUGCGUCAUGGUACAACAGUUAUACCCAUUCUCUCAAGAAAGAAACUCGUAAUCUUGAGCGCAAAUGGAGAAAAACUAAUUUGGAAGUUUUUAGAAUUGCGUGGAAAAACAGUAUGUCCAGCUAUAGACAGGCUCUAAAAGCUGCCAGGGCAGAGCAUAUCCACAAACUCAUAGAUAAUAACCAAAACAAUCCAAGGUUUUUAUUUAACACAGUGGCUAGAUUAACAAAUAAACAGACGCCACCCGAUCUAAAUAUUCCCUCACAGUUUAAUAGUAAUGACUUUAUGAAUUUCUUCACUGAUAAAAUAGAUAACAUUAGAAAUACAAUAACAAAUGUAGGUUCUACACCGUCUAGUACUUCAGUUUCAUUCACAGCUCCCAAAGAAAAACUUCAGUGCUUUACAACUAUAGGACAGGAAGAACUAAAUAAAUUUAUCACUGCAUCUAAACCAACAACAUGUUUAUUAGAUCCUGUACCCACUAAACUACUGAAAGAGUUGUUACCUGUAGCAGAAGAACCGCUUCUCAAUAUUAUUAACUCAUCAUUAUCUUUAGGUCACGUCCCAAAACCAUUCAAGCUGGCCGUUAUUAAGCCUCUUAUUAAGAAACCACAACUAGAUUCUAGUAAACUGGCAAGUUACAGACCCAUUUCAAAUCUACCGUUUAUGUCUAAAAUUUAAAAAAAAAAGUUGUGUCUCCUCAACUGUGCUUCUUCUUGCAAAAAAAUGAUCUCUAUGAAGAAUUUCAGUCAGGUUUCAGGCCUCACCACAGCACAGAAACUGCACUUGUUAAAAUUACAAAUGACUUGCUUCUUGCGUCAGACCAAGGCUGCACCUCAUUGCUAGUUUUACUUGAUCUUAGUGCUGUGUUCGACACUAUAGAUCAUGACAUACUCAUAGAUCGAUUACAAAACUAUACGGGUAUUCAAGGGCAGGCUUUAAGAUGGUUUAGAUCCUACCUAUUCGAUCGCUACCACUUUGUUUUUUUAAACGGGGAGCCAUCUCAACUAUCACCAGUAAAGUAUGGAGUACCACAAGGAUCUGUCCUAGGUCCUCUGCUAUUUUCAUUAUACAUGUUGCCCCUUGGUGAUAUUAUUAGAAAAUACAGGAUUAGUUUUCAUUGUUAUGCUGAUGAUACUCAACUAUAUAUAUCAACAAGACCAGAUGAAACUUCUGAACUAUCUAAGCUAAUAGAUUGUGUUCAAAAUGUAAAAGAUUGGAUGACCAAUAAUUUCCUCCUAUUAAAUUCGGAUAAGACCGAGAUAUUACUUAUUGGACCAAAAAACAGUACUCAGAAUCUCUUGGAUUACAAUUUGCAACUAGACGGAUGUACUGUUACUUCCUCUACAGUCAAAAAUCUGGGUGUUAUAUUAGACAGCAACUUGUCCUUUGAAAAUCAUAUCUCCCAUGUUACAAAAACAGCAUUCUUCCAUCUUAGAAACAUUGCCAAACUUCGAAGCAUGCUACCUGUUUCAGAUGCAGAAAAGCUAGUUCAUGCAUUCAUGACCUCUAGAUUGGACUAUUGUAAUGCACUGUUAGGUGGUUGUCCGGCAUCUUCAAUAAACAAGCUACAGAUAGUCCAAAAUGCAGCGGCUAGAGUCCUUACCAGGUCAAGAAAAUAUGAUCAUAUUACCCCAAUUUUACAGUCUCUGCACUGGCUACCUAUUAAGUUCCGGAUCAAUUACAAAAUACUAUUACUUGCCUAUAAGGCACUAAAUGGUUUAUCUCCUGCGUACCUAACUAGUCUUCUACCACGCUACAAUCCAACCCGCUCCCUAAGGUCGCAAAAUUCUGGACUUUUGGUAGUACCUAGGAUAGCAAAAUCCACUAAAGGAGGUAGAGCUUUUUCACAUUUGGCACCCAAACUCUGGAAUAGCCUUCCUGAUAACGUUCGGGGUUCAGACACACUCUCUCUGUUUAAAUCUAGAUUAAAGACACCUCUUUAGUCAAGCAUUCACAUAAUAAUCUUGUACUGCAUUUAUAUCUAAUCAAAUGUACAUUAUAAUUCUUUAGAUUGGGUUGAACAAAUCAUUUUUGCUUGAAUAGAACAGCAGCUACGCUAAUUAUGUCUCUAUCUGUUUCUCUGAUUCUGCCACGGGAUUAACAUCUAGGAAUUACUGAAGCGUCAGUCUGGAUCCAACCCUUAAAAAGAUCCGGGAUGACCAAACACCUGAGAAGAGAUGAUGGCAACACCUCAGAGGACCACGGAGGAUGCCAACCCUCAGACAACAUACACAAUUACCAAGGUUUUGAGCAGUUUUUUUUUUUGGAAUACGACCGAGAACCAGUAUCACAGCGAUGCAGAAGCAGCCAGCAAUGGUGCUUCCUGGAGCCGUUCAGUUGAGGAUCAAGAGCUCUCAAAGCAGCACUGGAGAGAGACUCAGCCAGACAAAGUCUAUGGUCCUACCAGAACCUGACACACUACAGAAACCUAUCAACCGUCACCGGAGGAACCAGUCUCAGCAUAACGUUGAUGGUUCUGUUGGGCCGCAGACUAUUUUAAAAGGAGAAUAUUUGAACAAAGCCAAAAUUGCUGAAGGAGGAAAGAAAUUACGGAAAAACUGGACUUCAACCUGGGUUGUUCUUUGCUCCAAUCGACUAUUGUUCUAUAAAGAGAGCAAACAAGAAGCCGUGGCAAAUUUGAAACCAGGUGGUAAACCAGAUGGUGUGGAUCUGUGUGGGGCUGUAAUCGAGUGGACAACAGAGAAAUCCAGCCGAAAACACGUGAUUCAGAUAACCACCUCAAAUGGUCAUGAGUUUUUGCUGCAGGCAGAUCACUUUCCAACCAUCUCUAAAUGGCAUGAUGCCAUCAAGAAAGCAGUGGAUAGUGUGUCGAGUGGAGCUGGAGGCCAGAGCUGUGGUAGAGCGGCCCUACACAGGUCCAACAGCAUAGAAUGCUUGUCCAGACCGACCUGUGAACCCACCAAACCUAAACCAAAAGAGACCAAAUCUGAAAACAGACGCUCCAUCAUGUUCAAGCUGAAUUACAGUGCCUCAGACAGCGCCGACAAGAAUGGAGUUAAGAACAGACUGAAGAAGUUCAUCUCCAGACGGCCAUCCAUGAAAACGCUACAGGAGAAAGGCCUUAUUAAAGACCGAGUGUUUGGAUGUCACAUGCUGACCCUGUGCGAGAGAGAAAGGACCACAGUGCCCAAUUUUGUGAAGUUGUGUGUGGUGGAAGUAGAAAAACGAGGCCUGGAGGCUGAUGGGAUAUACAGGGUGAGUGGCAAUUUGGCCGUUAUCCAGAAACUACGCUUCCUAGUUGACCAAGAGGAGGAGCUUGACUUGGGCGACAGCCAAUGGGAGGACGUCCAUGUCAUCACCGGAGCGCUAAAGAUGUUUUUCCGUGAACUGCCAGAGCCCCUGUUUCCCUUUCGCUUUUUCGACUUGUUUGUGGAAGCCAUUAAAAUUAGGGAGCCCACACAGAAGGUUCAAGCCUUGAAGAAACUGAUCCAUCAACUCCCCAAACCCAACCACAACACCAUGAAACUGCUCUUCCACCACCUGAGGAGAGUCUUGACGAAGUCAAAGAAAAACUUGAUGUCAACUCAGGGCAUCAGCAUUGUGUUUGGACCGACUCUCAUGUGGCCCGAGUUUGAAUCCGGAAACAUGGAAGUCAAUAUGGUGUAUCAGAAUCAAAUAGUGGAGUCCAUUCUCAUUGAAUGUGUGGAGAUCUUUGGACUGGAGGGCAUGUAAAGUCACCCCAGAGUAUUCUGGAAAAAAAGACUGGGAAAAAAAAAGUGAGAAAUGAAAAAGAAAAUAAAAGUGUGUGUGUGUGUGCGCGCUGGUUGGAUAUUACGCUCAUGUAAAAUUGUUUCUUGCUUCUGAUUUUUUCAUAUUUGCUCCUUGAAAAAAAAGUUUCACUUAAAAAUAAUUGUCACAUGUAUAAUUUUAUGUAUAAACUUACAUAUAAUUAUAUUUUUGCAUAAUGCAUAUUUCACAUUGUAUCAUACCUCAAAACAUCAUUGACAAAAUUGAAAAGCUGUAUAUUUGUAAUCAUAUACAUGGUCGUUUAUGACAAAGAAAUUAAGCCAUUUUUGUAAAUGAGAUUUGUACUCGGAUAGUUUUAGUUUGAAAUAAAUUGGCUGUAAGCGAUUUCUGGCAUUUUUUUGUCAGACUUUUAUUUGGCAGAAACCUGAGAUAGCAAACUUGUGCUUAUUUUCUGGCAGCACAUACUUGCAGUCUGUUGCAACAGGUAUUUGCUUUGUAUUGUAUUGUGAUGUUGUUUUAUUAAUGGUAGCUGUACAUGUAUUGGUUGUUUAUUUUAAGCAAAAUUUGUCAAAUUGUUUUUGAAAAAAGUAAAAAAGCUCUUCUUGCA